AUGGAUUCAGAGCAGUAUAAGGUAGAACCACACUACAUAGACGGCAGCAGCGGUCAUCACUGGCACGCCACAGCAAAAGUGGGCGACUCGGAUUCCAGGGCACGAGAAGGUGACGGCGGCUGGAAGCUCCUGGAAGUGUCGCUUUCCGGGGGUGCGCCGUGGGGGUUCACGCUCCGCGGCGGGCUGGAACAUCGCGAGCCACUGCUUAUCACCAAGGUGGAGGAGGCCAGCAAGGCGGCAGCUGUGGGCCUGCAGGUGGGAGAUGAGCUCGUCAACAUUAACGAGAUUCCCUUGAGCGGCUUCAGGCAGGAGGCAAUCUGCUUGGUGAAAGGCUCCCACCGGACACUCAGCCUCAUAGUGAAAAGGAAUGUGAAAAUGGUGGACAUUGUAGCUCACAAAAUGCCUUCAGAGAAUGACGUGCAUGUGGCCCGAAGCUUCCUUACCAAGAUUUUGCGAAGUUCAAUGAGAAAGAACCAAUUCCUAGGACGCAAUGAACCCAUAAGCAGGCCGCACUCCUGGCACUCCACAAAGUUCAACGAAGGCCAGUCCGAGUCAGCCAAAAGACAACAGUCUCCACCCUCGGCGGUUGUGUGGCACACCACGUACGAUGCGAGUUCCUCAUCAACUGACCUGUCGUCCGGCUGGGAGCAAACAAACCUCUGCAGGGUUUCAGACCAGUACAGCUCUCUGGGCAGCAUGGACAGUUUAGAGCACGUCCCCCACCCGUACCCGGCUGGUCAGCUGUCUCCCGCCAAGUCCAACAACAGCAUGGAGCACCUUGGCGGUGGCAAACGAGACUCUGCCUACAGCUCCUUCUCCACCAGCUCUGGCACGCCAGACUUCACGCUUUCAAAAAGCAACACGGCUUCCACAGAGAAUGUGUUAUACAAAGUAAGCCAGUGGGAUGCUGGAGGGAGGUCCGUUAAUGGCAGGACUGCCCAAAGUCUAACGGAGGGAGUCAAACAGGAUGACAGAUUGACCUACUUUCAGAUGCCAGGAACCUGUGAUGGCCCCCAAACUGACGACCAGGCCGGCUCCCGCCACUCCACAUCGGGCAGAGCGAGUUGCGGACCGGUCUGGCAUGUUCCAGAAAAAAAGAAGACCUCCUCCCCCUCUCCACCACCGCCAACCCCGCCAACACGCAGUGAUAGUUUUGCCGCCACUAAGGAACGAGGGAUCGUCGUAACGCAUCCUGAACCUCCCAGUACGCGUAUCCCGGGAAAGCCUGCUGCUGAAGAUCUCAAUGUCCAGAACCGGUCCCCGAAGCAUGACAGGGCUAGUUUUUACACUCACGGGCAGUUUAGCUCGAACAAGCUGCAUUCCCUUUCCAGCUGUGAUGUCCGGCAAGGUCAUCCUACGCAUCACAGAAACCAUAGCGAUAAAAGCACUUUUCCUGCACAACCGUGGCCCGCAACCGCUCCCAAGCCGCUAAAUGUCGGGGGCUACUUCUCCAGCAUGCAGGAGCUGCCCACUAACGGUUCUUCUCAACCUGUCGGCCAGAACCUUAGGAGGAAUUUAAGCACAUCUCAAGCGAUUGCUCCCAAAGACCCAAACAUUGAGGGAAGUGGGCAUAACCGGUACUACUGUGUAACUACAGCAGGAAAAGCAGAUGACAGGAAAAAUUCUGCUGGCCUCGACUUGAACCAGACAGGAAAUGAGCAGAAUUCUCAACAAGCAAUCACCAAAGCAAAAUAUCACAUUCCUCCACAGCAGCAGUACUCUUCUAAUGGUAGAGAUACUAAUGGAUACAACAAACACCAUGUUACCUCUGUUCUAGACACCUCUCCUAAAGCCACUGAUGACCUCAGAAGCCAGAGGGGACAGAGUUUACAAAAUGAAGAGUCUCUGUACACGAGUUGUCCCCCAAUCAGAUUCUCGGACCAACGGCGGUCACUUCCUCUGCAUCACAAAGAAUUCCCCCAAGAUACAAGGCACCACAGCCAGGCCGGUGACAAGAUCUGCCCUGAGAACACCCCCAUGCUCCAUUCAUUGUCCAUGGACGCAAAGGGCGAGCCCUCAAAAGGUGCGAACUCAGAGAAAACGGAGUCUAAACAGUUACAACGCAGCGACCGUUUUGCCACCGCCUUAAAGAGCGAAAUCCAGUUGAGAAGAGCCAAGCUGCAGAAGAGUAAGAGUGCGGCAACUCUUCCCAACGAAAACCAAGAUGGCCAAUAUCCGUGGAUUUCUAAUCAGAGCUCCACUCCCGCUUUGGUGGACAGCCCUUUCACAAACACUUACAAAGAUAACUUGAAGGAAGCACAAGCUCGGGUACUUAAAGCCACUUCCUUCAGGAGGAAAGAUCUGGAACCAGUUUUAGUGGAACACCCAUCAGCCGAAGCCAUACCCAGUUACCCUUCCUCAUCAAUGGCUCGGAAAGAUCUCACUCCUCUUCCGACAUUGUCCGAGGCAGGGAUCAGUAAAUCUGGGCCUUUACGCAUUGGUGGACGUAAGCGCUUUGCAGCAGAACAGAAAGUAAGGUCCUUCUCUGACCCAGACAAAAUCCAUGAAGCUGGCGUACAAGGAGAAGAAGGUACAAACUGUUCCCUGGAUCAGCAAAACAGAAAUUUGAUUGGCCCUAGUAACAUGUCCACCAAAACUGAGAAUCUCGGUGAUUCCACAGUCAAAGGUCUUGCCGGUGAAACUGGGCCUGUACUGAAAGAGAAAAGGACAAUAGGCGACCCUCAGGGUGGACCAGCAUACUCUGUCCAGGACCAGCAACGUCUAGGCACUUUCGCGGAGUACGAGGCCAGAUGGAACAUCCAGAAGAAACCUCCAGAGACUCGAGCCUCGGGAAGAUUCAGGUCCGCCGACAACAUUCUGGACCCUGGCUCGGAUGAGCGAGUGAAACCGGACUGUUUUCACGAAAGGUCACGAUCUUCACCCUCUGCUGACUUCUAUGGGCAGGCAACUCAUGACCCUGCAUUAAAGCCGAAUCAGCAGUUUUCCAAAAUGGAAGAUAAACCCGCUGGGCAACUCAACUCUGCCUCAAGCGUCCCGGCGGACUGCAAAGUGAGAGAGAAAUCUGUUGAGUGUGAACGCGGAGCUUCUACGACAGCUACAGCCGCCGUCAACCACAGAGCGCCCGAGCCGAGCCGCUCUCAGGUCACGGACCGAGCAGAGUCUCCCGCGCCCGGAUGCCCCGAGGUCAACCACGAGGACUCGGCGCUUCCCCAAAAUCGCACCCCGAACGGCGAGGCUAAAAAGGCAGACGGCAAAGCGCGAGUCGCCAUGGAGGCUGUCCGUUCGCCUUCCCCGCAGUUUUCCCCGCAGAGACUUAGCGACAAGCCACCAGUGUCACUGAACGACCAAGACUUAAACGGGAUGGAAAACGGGACGGAAAAACCAGCCGGAGCGGUGAAGAAAGUGCCCGUCAGGAUCGUACAGUCGGAGGGAACGGCAAACGAGGCGUCCACGGCCAGAACUGGCGGUCCCGAUAUUAGCAAGCUCGGCAGUUUGGGAGCCGGCGGGCAGGACUCGGUCUUCAGUGCUUUCACUCGGCAGAAAGAACCCGACGAGCCGGUGAAGGACACCGCACCGAUAAUCUCAGAGGAGCGGAAGAGGGAAGAAUUGGCUCGAGACAUCAUGGACAAGGACAAGUCGCUGGCGGACAUCCUGGAUCAGAGCAAGAUGAAGACCACUAUGGACCUGAUGGAGGGUUUGUUUCCUCAAGGCGAGCAGGUGCUGGAAGGAGCUCACCAACGUCGGAAAGCACCAGUCAAACCCCCGAAUUCCACCAGGCACGCUGAGGAAAGGGAGAAGCAGGACAACAUGGCAGCAGCAGUCGCCAUGGUGACCAGCUCUACGUAUUACAGCACGUCCGCCCCCAAAGCCGAGCUUCUCAUCAAGAUGAAAGACAUGCAGGAGCAGAACGAGGACUACGGUGACUCAGAGGAUGAACUGGACUUGGAUCUGGCCAAUAAGAAGCAAGAGCUGAUGGACAGCCUGAGCAAAAAGCUGCAGGUUCUGCGCGAAGCCCGCCAAAGCCUACAGGAGGACGUGCUCGACAACAACGCGCUGGGAGAUGAGGUGGAGGCGCGCGUCCAGCAGGUGUGCAAGCCCAACGAGCUGGACAAAUUUCGGAUGUUCGUAGGCGACCUGGACAAAGUCGUGAGCCUUCUUCUGUCGUUAUCGGGUCGCCUGGCCCGAGUGGAGAACGCCCUCAACAGUUUGGACGAGGAAGCCACACCAGAAGAGAGACGCACGCUAACAGAGAAGCGCAAGCUCCUCAUCCGCCAGCACGAAGACGCCAAGGAGCUGAAGGACAACCUGGACCGUCGGGAGCGGGCCGUCUACGACAUCCUGGCGAGCUACCUGCCCGAGGACGGCAUGGCCGACUACGAGCACUUUGUCAAGAUGAAGUCGGCGCUCAUCAUCGAGCAGCGCAAGCUGGAGGACAAAAUCAAACUGGGCGAAGAGCAGCUCAAGUGCCUGCUGGACAGCCUGCCUAUCGAGCAACGCUUGGCCCUUUGA